AUGUUGCGAGAAGUGAAACCCAAGAACCCGCGCACUGCGCGCAUCCUGAAAGCGCGGGAGCCGCAACUCAUCGAGCCGCCGAAGCGGACGCUGAUACUGCACGGAACAAAAUGCCCACAAAUGCUGGACACGGUGCUCAAAACCUUCCACUCGCUGACGAAACCACACUCGGUGCUGUUCCACAAGAAAAAUGAGAACAUCCACCCGUUCGAGAACACAGAGAGCCUGGAGUUCCUGGCCAACAAAAACGACUGCGGCCUGGUGGUGUUCGGAAGUAGCAACAAGAAGCGACCAAACUGUGUGACGCUGGCCCGGAUUUUCAACUCGCAGCUUCUUGACCUGUGCGAGCUGAUGCUGCUGCCACCGGCCGACGGCGACCGCAUCCCGCCAAUAAACGAACUGGUUAUGCACGUUGGGCUGGGGAUGCGCCCCAUGAUGCUGUUCGCGGGGAGUCCGUGGGACGACCCAACAUCAGCCGCACACGUGGCGCUCAAGAGCAUGUUCCUGGAUAUGUUCAAGGGUGAGGAGACGGACCGUAUCGACGUCGAGGGCCUGCAGUACAUCCUGAUGGUGGGCGCCGAGGAGCCGCGCGAUGGACUGUCACCCGUGGUGCACCUGCGCUGGUACAAGAUCGUCACCAAGCGCAGCGGCCACAAGCUGCCACGCAUCGAGCUGGAGGAGAUCGGCCCCAAGUUCGAUUUCAAGAUCGGCCGUGUGCGCCAGGCCGCGCCCGAGGCCAUGAAGGAAGCUAUGAAGCAGGGCAAGCGGCCCAACGAGGAGAUCAAGCCCAAGCACAAAAACAUCAGCAUGGAUGCCGUCGGCGACAAGGUCGGCCGUGUUCACCUCACCAAGCAGGAUCUGGGCGGCCUGCAGACCCGCAAGAUGAAGGGUCUCAAGCGCCGCGCUGGCAUGGAGUCGGACGAGGACGAGGACAUGAUGGAUGUCGACGAGGUGUCGGAGGACGAGGGCCACAAGCGGGCGCGGACCGACUAG